AUGGAAUAUGACUCGGAGGAUAAUGCCCGAAGAUUUUACUACGAGUAUGCAAGGAGAAUGGGGUUCAUGGUUUGUAUCAUGCAAGGUCGUCGUUCAGAGAUUGAUGGUAAAACUCUGGCCCGGAGGCUCGGGUGCAAUACGCAGGGCUUCUCAACGAGCACAAAGGGCAAAAUCGGGCCUGAGAGAAUGCCCAGGCCCAGCGGGCCGCGUGAGGGUUGCAAGGCGAAUGUAUUGUUUAAGCUCGAGAAAUCCGGGAAGUGGAUCGUCACGAGAUUAGUCAAGGAGCAUAACCAUCCUUUGGUCGUGAAUGGUAGUGAGUUUGCGAAUACGCGUGACAAGGAUAAGAAAAUACAAGAACUCACCAAAGAGUUGCAACACCAGGAAGAACUGUGCGCAGCUUACAGGGAAAAAAUAGUCAAUCUUCUGGCGCGUAUCGAGACUCGAGCUGAUCAUUUGUCUGAGAAAGUUCUAGCCAUCAUUGAGGAUGCUAAGAAAGCCGAUACUGAGGCUCUGACCGAAGCUCUGAAACUGCCCGGGACCACACCAGCUUAG